UCAUGGGUAAUGCAUCUCCUUUCCCUGCUCGCCAUGUGGGAGGAGGUACCAUCGCGCUUCAGCAAGUCUUCCUGAAUUUGGACCGAAUGUUGUGAAUCCUCGACGCGGGACGCCCCUCAUCACGACUUUAGUGGACGAAAACAUCAUUCGUGCAAUCUUCGUGUCCGGUUGGAGUCGUCUCGUGCACGUUGAAGCUUCUCGGCCGAGUUUAGCUUAGCUUAGUUUAGCUUAUUUUAUUUUAGCUUGCUAACAAAAGAGACACAUUUCUGAUCAACAAUUCGCUAAGCAGAGAUCAAGCCACAGAGCGGAAAGUGUUGUGAUCGUCGUGUGAAAAUGUGUGCAAGAAGGACAGCAGAGUACGAGGAGGAACUUUGGGGCCCAAAAGAGGAGAAGGAGCCACAACGUCAACGACUGGACGUUGGGUUCAAUCUGCAACCUCCAACUGUGCUUCGCAGAGCAGACAUCACUGAAGAUCUCCGUACUGAGCAGCAGCAGCCAGUGCCCCCUCACAUUAAAGAGGAAGUGGAGGGCGAAGAGGUCCACCACAUAAAAGAGGAAGAGAAGCCCAUUUCAAUUAAAACAGAGGAGGAAGAACUGCGCCCCCACAUCAGACAGGAAGAGGAGGAGGAUAUCAGCAAAUUUCCAUCGACUGGUGUCCCUUUGAAGUGUGAAGAUGCAGGUCAAAGUGAGGAGAGCAGAGGGGCGGGGUCUCCAAACAGCAGCUCAACUCAACACAUGACAACAGAAGGUGAUGAAGACCACUGUGGAGGAUCACAAGCAUACGGCCUCCUAGCUCCACUAUCAGAUAGUGACGACAUGAUGUCUCACUCUACUCACACUGAUGAUGAUGAUGGACAGUCUGAAGUUGUUGAUAUGACAUUUCAGACUGACAACAAACGAUGGAAAUGUUCUCAGUGUGGGAUAACAUUUGCUGAUAAGAGUAGUUUGAAAAAACACAUGAGAACACACACUGGUGAGAAACCUUUUUCGUGCUCAGUUUGUGGUCAAAGAUUCUCCCAGACGGGACACUUAAAAGUACACACAAGAACACACACUGGUGAGAAACCCUUUUCCUGCUCAGUCUGUGGUCAAAGAUUCUCUGUGAAGGAAAGCUUAAAAAGACACACAAGAAUGCACACUGGUGAGAAACCUUUUUCCUGCUCAGUUUGCGGUCAAAGAUUCUCUCGGAAGGGACACUUAAAUGUACACACGAGAACCCACACUGGUGAGAAACCUUUUUCCUGCUCAGUUUGUGGCCAAAGAUUCUCUGUGAAGGGAAGCUUAAAAAUACACACAAGAACGCACACUGGUGAGAAACCUUUUUCCUGCUCAGUCUGUGCUCAAACUUUCUCUGUGAAGGGACACUUAAAUUUACACGCAAGUACACACACCGGUGAGAAACCUUUUUCCUGCUCAGUUUGUGGUCGAAGAUUCUCUCUGAAGGGAAGCUUCAAAAUGCACACAAGAAUGCACACUGGUGAGAAACCUUUUUCCUGCUCAGUCUGUGGUCAAAGAUUCUCUCUGAAGGGACACUUAAAAGUACACACACGAACACACACUGGUGAGAAACCCUUUUACUGCUCAGUUUGUGGUCAAAGAUUCUCUCAGACGGGACACUUAAAAGUACACACAAGAACACACACUGGUGAGAAACCAUUUUCCUGCUCAGUCUGUGGUCAAAGAUUCUCUGUGAAGGGAAAUUUAAAAUUACACACAAGAACCCACACUGGUGAGAAACCUUUUUCUUGCCCAGUUUGUGGUCAAAGAUUCUCUGAAAAGGGAAACUUAAAAAUACACACAAGAACACACUGGUGAGAAACCUUUGUCCUGCUCAGUUUGUGGUCAGAGAUUAUAAGUAUCAGGUUAAGACACACAAGUGUGCUGGUGUGAGUAGCAGUGCUCUCGAAGCUUUUAAUGAACGUGAAUGUUAACUCUAAUAGGUAAUUACUAUGUUACUGACUUACCAAAAUCUCCAUUCUUGUAGUCUGUGUACCAGCUUUUAUUGUAUCUAUCUUGUUGUUGUCCGUAUAUUUUCUAAAAGUCCCACUAGUGUUAAGAAUUAACAUUGGUGCCAAAAUACUUUAAAGGGACUAGUUAAUGGUCUGAACAUGGGCGCUUAUUCCAUAGUUCUGGACUCAUAAAUGAUGUAUGCAGAAAAAAAAGCCCUCCAAUAUACACUCAGUUGUCAUUUUACAAUAAUUCACUGAUGAAAUACUUGAUUGUCAGCCAGAUUUUGGCCCGCUUACAUUUUGGACAUGUCAGCCUGUCACAUCCUGACACAUAACGAGCAGGAGCCAAUUACGUUUCCGCAUUGAACUUCUAUGUUUUCCAGGGUGUUAUUUUUCCCCAUAUGAAAAGCCUGGGUGUAUUAAUUUUUAUUUUAUUUUAUUUUAUUUUUUUAAAAGAUAAUUUUGAGUGAAAAUAGAGAGUGAAAUAUGUUUGUUAAGCUUGUUGUUUAAAUAAAUCGGCAGUGAAAUGCCUGCGUGAGAAAGGAAGACAGCCACGUGAACUAAUUCUUUUCAGAUUCCUUUCCUCAUGCGUCAGUUCAAUUUUGAAUUGAUUGCACCACAAUUGUGGAGUAUAUGCGUGUAUGUAUGUAUAGAUGAAAUGUAUGUGUAGAUCACAAAGACGUUUCUGGAGGUGGCAUUGUGUGCCAGACGUGGACUUUGACUGGCUGUCAUAACAUCGGAUGACCCAUGCCGAGGGGAAGAAAUAGGAGCAAUGUCAGUAUUCAAGCCAGCUAGGGCUGCACCAACCGGUUUCCUCUGGUGAAAAAGUCUCUGGAGCAUAUUAAAUGUACUAUUCCGACGGGUCUCCACCUCCUGGAUCAGUUUGAGAACAGGCCGACCCAUUUGCAGUUGAACCUGCGAUUCUUUCUCCUACAAGUAUAGCAAAUAGAGGAGGUCCACAUGUUUCAUUCUAGCAGCUUUAGCCUCCUUCGAAUAUCUGUUUUUCCAACAUCGCUUUCAGUGCCUAAAUACAAGAUGAAAAUCAAAGCAAUAAAUACGAUUCACAAGCAAUAGUAGAACCACUUGUACUCGAUAUACAACCCCAAUUCCAAUGAAGUCAGGACGUUGUGUUAAACAAAUAAGAGGAAAAAGAGGAAAAGAACCAUCCGGACUGUUAUGGACUCAAAGUUCAAAAGCCAGCAUCUGUGAUGGUAUGGGGCUGUUAGUGCCAAUGGCAUGGGUAACUUACACAUCUGUGAAGGCACCAUUAAUGCUGAAAGGUACAUACAGGUAUUGGAGAAACAUAUGCUGCCAUCCAAGCAACGUCUUUUUCAUGGACGACCCUGCUUAUUUCAGCAAGACAAUGCCAAACCACAUUCUGCACGUGUUACAACAGCGUGGCUUCGUAGUAAAAGAGUGCGGGUACUAGACUGGCCUGCCUGCAGUCCAGACCUGUCUCCCAUUGAAAAUGUGUGGUGCAUUAUGAAGCGUAAAAUAUGACAACGGAGACCCCGGACUGUCGAGCAAGAAUGGGAAAGAAUUCCACCUACAAAGCUUCAACAAUUAGUGUCCUCAGUUCCCAAACGUUUAUUGAAUGUUGUUAAAAGAAAAGGUGAUGUAACACAGUGGCAAACAUGAGCCUGUCCCAGCUUUUUUGGAACGUGUUGCAGCCAUCAAAUUCUAAGUUCAUGAUUAUUUGCUAAAAACAAUACAGUUUAUCAAUUUGAACAUGAAAUAUCUUGUCUUUGUAGUGUAUUCAAUGAAAUAUAGGUUGAACAUGAUUUGCAAAUCUUUGUAUUCUGUUUUUAUUUAUGUUUAACACAAGGUCCCAACUUCAUUGGAAUUGGGGUUGUAAAAAGUAAUUACUAUUUUACUGACAAAAAUCUACAUUCUAGUAUUCUAUGUGCCAGCUUUUAUUGUUAUCUAUCUUCUUGUUGUCCAUAUAUUUUCUAAAAGCCCCACGAGUGGAAAGAAUUAACAUUGGUGCCAAAAUACUUUAAAGGGACUAGUUAAUGGUCUGAACAUGGGCACUUAUUCCAUCGUGCUGGACUCAUAAAUGAUGUAUGCAGAAAAAAAAGCCCUCCAAAAUAGAUUCAGUAGUAAUUUUAGAACGCUUUACUGAUGAAAUAUUUGAUUUUCACCAGAUGUUGGCCCGCCCACAUUUUGGACAUGUCAGCCUGUCACAGCCUGACACGUAACAAGCAGGAGCUGAUUACAUUUCCUCAUUGAACUUCUCUGUUUUCCACGGUGUAAUUUUUGCCCAUAUUGAAAGUCUGGGACAAUAAUGAAAAUAAUGAACGAAGAUAGUGACAGUAAAAAAUGUUUGGAAAGCCUGUUGUUUAAAAACAUGAAAUGCCUCCUCGAGGAAAGACGACAGCCACGUCAUCCCACGUCAAGUCAUGCUUGCAGAUUGAUUUACAGGUGCGUAUGUAAGUAUAGAUCAAAUUUAUGUAUUGAUCACAAAGGCGUUUCUGUGGACGGCAUUUUGUGACAGACGUGGGUGGACUUUGGCUGGCUGUCAUAACGUCGGAUGACCCAUGACGAGGGUCUCCCGCCCGAACGUGUUACGUCGCUUCAUGUCCCGAAACUGCAGCUGAUCUGAUUUGAUCUUAUCUGAUCCAUAAAAUCUAAAAAAAUUGGACCGAUUGUUGGAAUAUUUUCAGAGGUUGAAGCUGCCAAGAGUUAAGAUGUCCGCAUACAUUUGGGUGAUGAUUGUUGACAGUUUUUUGCUAUUAAUCUGCUUUUAUUGGGUUCAUGCAUGAGCCCUGCAAGGAUGUGGCACUCGCCCGCCGUGUUUGUAUGAUUUUACUGAUGACCGUAAUAAAUUAGCGAUUUUUCAGCAAAUUAAAUUAGUGAUUGAACAUGAUUUUGGGAUACCAGCUGUUGUUCAUGUGGUGCAAUGAUAUAUGACAGCAUUGUCCGAUAUAAUACCAGCUUCAACAAAGUGGGGUUUGGAAACUCAAGCACGCUGUAUUUUUUGUUCUUUUUGUAAUUUCCUGAAAAGUAAAAAUAUGACCAAUUACUGCCAUUUCAUCAGACAGUGCAUUGCUUUUUCCCCACACCAGCUAUGCCAGUACUUUCCAAUGUUCGAUUUUGGUGAUGAGAAAGGGGCGUUCGAAGGAAAAUUCGUUAUUCACCAAUUGUUCCAAAAUGUAUUAAUAUUGGAAAUGACUGCCAGUUUAAUUUUCUUGAGCAAAAAAAUACAUAAAACAAACUUGUUUGUGAAAUCUGGACCAUUAAGACCCAUACUUCCUUUGAGCAAUGCAUGCAUUUUGUCCAAUGUUUUAGUGAUUAUAUCAUAUAAGUUAAUGAUUGACAAGACUGGAAAGAAAAUUUGACCUUUGGUGGUAAACUAACAUUUAUUUGUGAUCUUUAAUAAAAUACACUUCUUAAAACCGUGA